AAAACCCAUUCUCUGAAUUUUAAAGCGUUAUUGUAUUCCAAUUGAAUAGUCUAACUAUAUGAGGUCCUGUGAAACCAUGGCUUCUAUCAGUGUAAGCGAUUGCCGCUAAAGAGUUCAGAAUGGAGUUGGAACAUGGUGAUAAAAUGCAGAAAAGAUGUGAUAAUCAAGUCACCUUUUUAAUUACAACCCUGAAGCUUUCUCAGUCUGUCUGGUGCUGCCUGUCUUUAGGCCUAACUUUGUUGCAUCUUAGAAAAGCAAAGUAAAAUAUUCAGCAGCAAAUCUGUUGCCCCCCCCCAGGGUCUCUCAUAUCCCACUCCCUUUCGUCUUCCACCUGCCUCUCCAAUCGCCCCCCCUCCCUUGCCAUUCUCCCUCUUUUGUCUCUGAUAACAGCAUUGUUUCUGAAUUGUACAUUAGGUAUAUGUUAUAUUGUACAUUUGGUACAUGUUCUAUUGACACUGUCUUCUGCUCCUUAGAUGUUUUUCCUGCUAAUGAUGUUUGAAACGAGUGCUCAUCAAAUAUGCAUCAGUCCAAUAUCUAUUUUCAGCAUUUUUAUUUACUUCUGACUAUUCUCUUCCUUUCAACUACUGCGUAUUAAUGGAAUCAUUAAAAGGAUCUAAGGGAGAGGAAUACUGGACCCGAGGGAAUGUUGAGGCAGCCUGCAGUUUGAUAGAGAGAAUGCAUGAGAGCUGGCUGGCAAAAAGAGAAGAGUGCCUUCCCACCACGGCCCUCUGAACAUGCUGACCGCGGGUACUGUCACGGUCCUCCUGGUGGUGGCUGCUUCCGCCAUCUCUGCGGACUCGGACGCGCACAGACACCGACACGACUCGAACUUGGAGAUUUACAAGCGUCUGUUCGAGACGAAGAGGAAAGACCAGCUGAAUGCUCUGAAGAACCUGGUGGAACUCAAUGAUAUCAACCAGCAGUAUAAGAUCAUUGACAUCAUGCUGAAGGGCCUGUUUAAGGUGUUGGAGGACUCGAGGGCAAUCCUUAUUGCAGCCAACAUGCAACCUGAUGAUCCCUUCCCCAUGGAUGACAAAAUCAAAGAAGCCUAUUCCCAUGUGGUGGAGAACACAGCGUUCUUUGGGGAUGUGGCUUUGCGUUUUCCCCGUAUUGUCCACCAUUACUACGACCGCAACCCUGACUGGGGGGGCCUUCUGCGCUGGGGGCUGCACUUCUGCAACCACACCGGGGUGUUCUCAGGAGGGGCACACCAGCACGUUCUCUCACUGAUGUCGCAGGAGUUGGGAAUAAUUGAGAAAUCCCCAGACUUCACCAACCCAUACCGCACUGAGAGAGAUGAUGUGCUCCACACUGCCGAGGCUUUUCAGAAGGUCCUGAGGGAGGAAGAGAAGAGGAGGAGAAAAGAGGAGAAGAGGAAAGAGAUCAGGAAGGGCCCCCGCAUUUCCCGCUCCCGCACGGAGCUAUAGUACUCUACCUCAACUUUUGGAAAGAGGAGGAGAAAGAGAGGAAGGAACAUACAUUUAGACUUGUCCUGAGUCCUAGACUCAGCAACUAGGAGGUUAGAACCUGUGGGCUCUGUCAAAGGGAUGAAGUGGCAUAAAAACAUUAGAGGAAAGAGAAGACUGUCUGUGAGACACAGGAAUGAGCUGGGGGGAAGGAGGAGCUACAACUGUGGGUGUCACAAACUUACUGCUUAUAACUGCCCACUUGCAGUUAUUCUAAAACAAAAAACCUACAGCUGACUAGAGAUGAGAAGCACUAUGUUGAAGAUUUGAUAAGGAAUGCUUAUGUGGAUAAUCUUAAUUAGUUAAAUGUACUUGAAUUCAUAAUUUUAACAAUAAAUAUCCAAUGUUGUCUUUUGUGGUUAGAUGCAAAAAUAAUAAUACACACAGUUGUUUUUGAUGGUAUGAUCAAA